AGGGUGCAAAUUACCGUAGACGCUAAUAGCCAAUAGUCUCGUUGAAUGGCCACAUUUCCCCGACCUUGGACCACCUGCACUCCCUGACACACAAACGCAGUCACAUAAAUGCUGGGCUUAUUAUCAAACAACACAAUGAUUUAGAUUUAGCUAUUUAGUUUAACUUACAGCUUUUGUUAGGUUGUCUGCUCUCCUGAUGACAACCCGCUUGAUGCCUGUUCACUAAUGUGGCAAAACUGGCGUGUGAUGUAACUAUGUACGCCCUUUUUUUCCCCUCUUCAACUUUAUGGUGUGCACCCAUGAAUAAAAAUAGGCUCCGCUGGCCACUGACAGAUCAUAUAUAGUGUAAAUUAAAUAUUUAAAUUUAAACAUUAAAAAGAAGGAAAUAUUUAUUUGUGAUAUAUACACACUUCCGCUUUUUCAAAAUAUGGCGUUUGGUGGAAAAAGUUUGGCUACUCGAGUGUGACAGAGGAAUCACUCCAGUCCAGUAGGUGGCGGUUAACACACCUAAUAGCUGGUUUGUCAACGGCCAUUUAUUCCAAAGAAGAAGACUGCACCGCCUUCCUGUAGCAUCUUUUGUCGUCGAUCAGAGGAGGCCUGCGGUGAAUGUAAAGAAGCGUUUUACGAAUCGCUGUGUAUGUAUGUUUAGAUUACCAGCUGGAGCACUUUUGUUACAAGUUCCGGUUCUGCUUCGGAGGAAGGUUUGGUGAUGAAAUAUCGGGCGCCAUGCUUGCUUAGCAACUGACCGCGGCGUUGCUAGCGAGGAGACGCGGGAUGGGCUGCUGAGAAUCGGCUUUUUACUCUGCUUCGACAUGGGAGUAUAAAUCAGGUUGGCAACAAUGAAGACAGGACGGUGGGGUCUUAAGCGUGGAAUUGUCGCCACUCCAGCAUCAUGUGCUCACUGACGAUGCCCACUCCCCCCGGGGAAGGCUUCACACCUCUGCUGUUCCCACUCCGCCGGCAGGAAACAUCCACGCCGGUCUCUGCUGUCUCAUUAUGGGUCACCUGAAAUUUUCCACCACCCUCAGAGAGAACAUCCUCAUGGCGAACAAUUCUCCGGGCUUCCAGGUCCCUCCCAAUCAGGCCAAGCCGACCGCCGUGCCACCGGAGAGCGUUAACGGCAUUAGUCUCUCCCUGCGGGUCUUCUUCUGCUUUGUGAUGGUUGCAGUGUUGUUGUUUGCGUUGUUGGGGAACAUGGUGGUUUGCCUGAUGGUCUACCAGAGAUCCGCCAUGCGCUCGGCCAUUAACCUGCUGCUGGCGAGCCUGGCGUUUGCAGACAUGAUGCUCGCCGUUCUCAACAUGCCAUUCACUCUCGUGGCUGUCAUGACCGCCAACUGGAUUUUUGGGGAGGUUUUCUGUCGCGUGUCCGCCAUGCUCUUUUGGUUCUUUGUGAUGGAAGGCGUGGCUAUCCUGCUGAUCAUCAGCAUAGAUCGAUUUCUUAUUAUUGUCCAGAAGCAGGAUAAGCUGAGUCCGCAGAGAGCGAAGAUGCUCAUCGUGGUCACGUGGGGUCUUGCUUUCAUUUUCUCCUUCCCUCUCGCUGUCGGGUCCCCUCGCCUACAGAGCCCUCCCAGGGCACCUCAGUGUGUUUUUGGCUACAGCACCGAACCCGGGUACCACACCUACGUGUUGAUAUUAAUGCUGGUCUUCUUCUUCAUCCCCUUCAUGGUCAUGUUGUACACGUUCAUGGGGAUUCUGAACACCAUCCGCCACAACACGGCCCGCAUCCACAGCCACCCGGACGGCAUGUGCCUGAGCCAGGCCAGCAAGCUGGGCCUGCUGAGCCUGCAGAAGCCCUUCCAGAUGAACAUAGACAUGAGUUUCAAGACGCGUGCCUUCGCCACGAUCCUCAUCCUCUUCUCCGUGUUCACAGUGUGCUGGGCGCCCUUCACCGCCUACAGUCUGGUGUCCACCUUCAACCACGGCUUCUACCACAGGGAGAGCUUUUUCCAAGUCAGCACGUGGGUGCUGUGGCUGUGCUACCUGAAGUCGGCCCUCAACCCGCUCAUUUACUACUGGCGCAUCAAAAAGUUCCGCGAUGCCUGCCUGGAUCUGAUACCAAAGUACUUGAAGUUCCUUCCGCAGCUGCCGGGCAACACCAAGAGGCGUAUCCAACCCAGCGCCGUCUACGUUUGCGAAGGCCAACGCUCUGUGGUUUGAGCGAGGAUUCCACGCCACUAUUCUGUCGGAUUCUGAUCUGGAUUAGGGCUGCACAAAAAAAUUGGGAAAACAUCGAUUCACGCGAACAGAGCUGCAACGAUUAAACAAUGAUUAAUUGAUUAUCUAGUUAAUCGACAACUAUUUUGGUGUUAGAUUAAUAGUUUUUUGAUGAUUAUUCUUUUGAGUUCAGCCUCGUAAAUGUGAGUAUUCUUAAAUUACCUUCGUCAUCCAUGAAAGUAGCCGUAUUAUCUUUGUGUUUUAGCAAAACAAGAUAUUCACACACAUCGGCUUGACUUUGGAAAACAGUGACAGACAUUUUGGCCUCUUUUUUUAUAUAUAUAUGUUGCGGACCAAACCACUAACUCUUUGUGUGCAGCCUGGGGGCCAUUUGCUUUUUCUGGCACAUUCUAAAAAUAUAAUUAAACAAGACAGGAAGGGGAAAAAAAAAAGCAAACAUGGAAAACUUUUACAAGAAUAAAGUCAAAAUAUUAAGAGAAAAAAAGUGUAACCGAACGAGGAAAAAGUUGUAGUUUUAUGAGAAAUAAGAGAAAAGACCUUUUUUUAAAGUCAUAAUAUUAUGAGAAACAAAACAAAGUUGUAAUUUUUGGAAAUUAGGUUAGGGGAAAAGUUAUGCUGCGAAAAAAAGCUAAAAUAUUAUGGGAAUAAAGUCAUAUUUAUGAGAAGAACAUUUACAAGAAGAUGGAAUAGUUGGAAAAUUAUAAGAAUAAGUUAUAAUAUUACAACAAGUCAUGUUUAAGGCGAACAUUUCGUAAUUUUAUGAGAAUGUUUGAAUAUGAAACUAAAAUGUCAUUUUAAUAGCAUAAAUUUGGAAAGAUAUUAUUUUUUAAAAACUCAUAAUAUUAAUUAAAAACAAAGAAUAGUGUUGGAAUUUUUGGGAAAAUUAGGUUGAGGAAAAACUUACAGUGUUAUGAGAAUAAAUCCAAAUUAUGGGAAUAAAUCCAUAAAUACAAGAAGAAAAGUUACAAGAAAAAGCGUGAAAUAGUACAUUUUAAAAAAAAAUCAGAAAUAAAAAAAAAUAGCUGUAAUUUUACACGAAUAAAGUCAAAAUAUUACGAGAAAAAGGACGUAAUUUUGUGAGAAUAAUGUAAUAUGACGAACAAUUUAAAUAGUCGCAUAGGGUUGAAAUGUAUAAAAAUAAAGUAUGCAGGAUGUGUAUUAAUUUUUUAGGAUUAUUAUUUUUAUAGUAAACAAAAGAAAUAACAUUAAAAUAAAUUUAAAUUAAUUCUUACUUAUAUACAUAAUAAUAAAAAUAAUUGUGAUAUAUGAUUAUUAUUUAUAAUGGUUUUGAUGUUUAAUUAAAACUUUUCUUCUGACUUUCAUUGACUGUCAUUAUGACGUGCGUGAAUGUAAGCCUGCACUAACAAUUAGUUGAUUAAUCUGAAGUUUGUUGCUUGGAUUAAUCGAGUAAUCGCCGCAGUCUGCCCGCCCGCGGCCCAUCAGGCCCGCCAAGCGUCUUAUUCCGGCCCACCAGGCAUUUCCAAAAUCUUUUUUUUUUUUUUAACCUUUAACAUGGAAACUGUAGCUGGCAAACAUGACUCGGCACGCAUGAGUUGCCAAAAUAGUCCGAUGCAAUCUGUAGCUUGUACAAAAAAGCCAUCACGUCAGCACACACCACGCACAAAGUAACCUACCUACUGCACCAUGGGAGCGUACAAUAUUUACGCACAAUACCCGUGCCAAAAAAAACACCCAUAUAUUCUCGCCGCAAGGCAAGCUGGUUAGCUCGUGGUACUCUCUUCUCCCACCAUUUUGUCGCAUUUUUGCUUGAUUACAAAAUAUGUUGAGGAGGUCCUCAGAGAAGUAAGCAAGGAGUCAUGAACAUACUCUUGAUAUCCAGUGUUUGACUGCUCAUAUUGUUGUUGCAGCUGGACUACCCAGCAUGCCUUGCGGGCAUUAGGACAUAACAGUUUAAAGUUACAUGUUAUGUUUAGCGCUUAGCCGUUGUUUAUCACCCACUCAGUAGUAGUAGUUUAUUUUUGUGAUGCGUUGGCUUGCUGUGGAUGUGUUGUGUUUUCAUUACGUUGCACCGUGAGCAAGUAUGUCGUUCUGUUUGAUGACUGCCUACAGUAAAUAGACGGCGCCUCCCCUGAAUUUUUUUAAACCCAAUGUGGCCCAUGAGUCAAAAAGUUUGCCCACCUCUGGUUUAGGCCCCAGACAACCCAAAUCAAUCUGACUAGGGACAUUUUAAAAUAUUCACAUUUGAGAGGCCGAAAUGAAAGGAUAUUUACAUUCGUCGAAUGCCAAUGUUUAUUAGAUUAAUCAUAGAUUAAUCAUAGAUUGAUUGUUGCAGAUCUACAUUGGAUGUUUCUCUAAAGCAGAACAAGGCAAUGAGGAAGGUAAUCAUUUUUUUUUAAAUGGUCUUUUUUCUUAUUUUUAUGUUUAGCACAAGCACAUGGUCUUGAGCAUCCCAGGGAAUUUAAACAAGCGAAUUGUGAUUGACGUAUUUUCCAGAAUGUCGCAGCCCUGAUCUGGAGCGCGUCGACACCACAUUGACGCUGCCUCAUGUAAAUAAACAGUGUGACGUCAUAUUCCAACACAGGGUAACUCUCCAAUAGUUCAAUGAAGAAUGCAAAAAAAAAAAAAAAGCACUCCAAGCUGUCAUUUGUAUUUUUCUGUCAUACUCCGAACUGAUAUUGACAUUUUGUGGUGAGAUGAUGUUAUUUAUUUUAUGAUAUCAUUACGCUGCAGUAAAACAAUAUUCAUUUCCAUAAUUGUUGUGAAGGCUUUGAGGUACUGGUGAAGUCGAGAAUGUGUUUUCCUCUGUGUACUGUUAAAACCCUAGUGCCAGUAUACAUUGCUUUUUAGAAUGAUAUGUGAUGGUUGCCACAAUAUAUGUACUUUAUUGCCUUUUUUAAAAAAUAUAUUAUAAUUGUGUCAAAUUUUAAUAAUUGCAUACAUUUUAAAGUAAUUGUACAGCUGUUUGUAUGUGGCAAUGACAAAUUCAAGCCUUAUUCAAGCCAACAGAGUACUAUGUUUGCUUUGGUACUUCUCACAGGGUGGGCGAUACUGCAAAUUUUGGUAUCCGUCCCAUACCGAGUAAAUUCAGGGCCAGUAUUCCCGAUACUGAUACUUUUACUUGAAAUUUUUCAAGCUCAUUGAAUCAUUUUGUGAAUUUUCCUUUUAAUUUGUAUGACUUUAACAAUAAAGAUGUUGGGCAAAAUAUAUAUGUAUAUAAAAACACCAAUGCUGUCAAGAAAUAAAAUAAAAACCCAGAGAGAUUACUUACAACCUGUAAUUGAUCUAAUUAAUCUUUUUUAAUCUUACCUAAAAAUUUAGGAAAGUCCUCAACUUGAGGUAUUUUCACUACAAUUCAUUACAUUAUGGUUGAUCAAAAGAUUGAUAUAUUAAAAAAAGUGGCCUUAUAAAGUAAUUUAAACAUAUAAGGCACUUAAUAUGACUAAUUAAUCACAAUUAAUGCAUUAAUUUGAAACCACUAACAAAUACAUGAUGAGAUAAUGCAACAAGAUCAACAAAAUGAUACAAUUUUACCCCUACAACGGAAAAAUAUUGCUGUCAUCACGCAAGUAUCAUACUACCGUUGGUGUCGAUAUUUGGAUAGAUUUGACCACCCUUCUCCCUUAUCCUCAUUAGGGUCGCGGGGGUAUGCUGGAGGCUAUCCCAGUUGACUUCGGGCGACAGGCGGGGUACACCCUGGACUGGUUGCCAGCCAAUCGCAGGGCACAUAUAGACAAACGCACCAAUAGCCUUGAUACUCAAAAAAUUAUAUAUAUAUACAUAAAUAUAUAUAUAUUUGAUUGAUGUUUUUUGUAAAUGUGGCAAACACUCGUUGCUUUCAUUGCAACAAGAUAAUAGUGAUCUUAAAGUUGCUUAUAGCGCCUCUAGUGGCAUUUUUGCUCUUUUCCCAGAAUGACACGAUGGCCAAUGUAAUCAUUUCGUAUUUGACUUCAAUACUUCGUCUGGGAUGCACUGACGUUAUGGCUUGUUGUUGCGUUCAUCUUGCCAGGCUAUUAUUGGGUUUUAAACAUGUUUCUCGUAGGAGUUAGCUUGCCUAGAUGACAAUUUACAGUGGCUGUAAAAUACGUGAACGUGUUCAAUGUUUGCCAGUUCAGAUUUUCGACGUGUUUUUGGAUGUUUAGUCCGAAGGCUGCUUGAUCACAUGGUGAGAAUGUGCAAUUUUCCUGUACUGUACAUGACUGUACUCUUGAAUGUAAUAAAUGUACAUUUCUUACCUUGCUAAAUUGUCUUUAAAGCAGCUUUUCUUUAACAUCAUAGUACGUGUGAGCCCAUAAUGAAUAUAUAACGAGGCAUACAUUAAACCAGAUGUGUCCAAUGUACAGCCCCGGGGGCCAUUUGUCACCAGUGGCUGUUUUUC